AUGGAAACAGUCGUGCUGGGGAGUCGGAAUCAUUUGAAGGAUGGUCAUUCCCCUGCUUCCGUGAGGCAUCGGCCUCACAGCCGCUCAGUCGCGAGCCCCAACUACAACAACAUCUCCAAGAGGGGAAGACCGUCGUCGGCCGUGUAUCAUUCCACGACGAGUUUGCACGAAAGCCCGCCGGCAGCUCAAACUCGAACGACGAACGGAGUUGAAGACGUGAACCAUCAUCCUCGUCCCAACAGUGUCAUAGGUCUUUCCCCUUCCAAUCGACGUUGGAGUUCCACCGCGGAUUUCCCCGUCGGCAGCCCGGCUGGAUCCGGAUCCACUUCGUUCAUGUCCCCUGACAGGUCGGCCGUCGCGUCAUUUUCCUAUAUUUUGAAUAAGGCGAUCUCCGUCAUCAAGUUCUCUGGUCAACUCUCAUCGUAUGGGGAGACAUUCCUUCGGAGGAGCCCUCUCUCCCACUUCUCGGAACCACCUUUUUCAGGGGUACUUAGCCCUAGGCCUACUCCACUAUGUGCUCGUGCGCAUCUCAGUGCAGUCGCAGAUAGAUGCAGUCUCGGUACUAGGAUCCGUGCAUAUUCACGAGCUGUGACCUUCUCGUCUUCCAGAAAACACGAAAGAAAACCUGGUGACUUUUCCUCUCAUUGUCGCAGGAUGCGGGAUGUGACAUGGAACGGGGAGGAAGGGUGGGUGAAAUUUCAUCUUCGGGGUCGCCCCGUCGUCCUCUAUGCCCCUUCCACCUUCAACAAAGAGGACUAUGACCCCUCCAAAUCCACGCUUCCACCGACCCACAGACUCAAGCUGGAAUGGGUAUACGGGUAUCGAGGGAAGGACUGUCGAUCCAAUGUCCAUCUGCUUCCCACAGGGGAAAUAGUCUAUUUCGUAGCUGCUGUCGCCGUCCUCUUCAACCCAGAGGAACAGAGUCAGCGACAUUACUUGGGUCACACCGAUGACAUCAAGAGCUUGGCUGUUCACCCAAAUCGACUGAUAGUUGCCACAGGCCAGACUGCAGGCCAUGACAGAAAGGAGGCAAGGCCACAUGUGAGGGUCUGGGACAGUGUCAGCCUUCACACACUUCACAUCCUUGGAGUAGGAGAAUUUGAACGUUCAGUUGCUUGCUUGGCAUUCUCCAAAGUGGAUGGGGGCUCCUUGUUGUGUUGCAUUGAUGAAGCCCCAGACCACAACAUCUCCCUGUGGGACUGGCAACGGGGAGAACGUGGCUCUAAGCUUGUAGAGACUAAGUGUUCAGCUGACACAGUGCUGGGAGUUGAGUUCCAUCCAUUAGACAAGAAUUCCAUCUUGACGUUUGGGAAGGGACACCUGUACUUUUGGACUUAUGAGGGAGGGACCUUGAAGAAAAAACUGGCUCUGUUUGAAAGAGACAAGCCCAAAUAUGUCACCUGCCUUGCUUUUUCGGACACUGGAGAAAUUAUAUCUGGGGAUACCAAUGGGAACAUCAUCAUCUGGAAGCGUGGUAGCAAUUCUAUUGGUCAAAUUGUGAAAGGGGCACAUGAAGGAGGUGUUUUCUCAAUCUGUGCCAUGAAAGAUGGGUCUGUUUUGCCUGAGCCAUAUGGUGCCGUGAGGACGGUGGCCCAAGGGAAAGGACCAAUGUUGUUGGUGGGUACGACUCGAAACUGCAUUCUCCAUGGAACAUGGGACCUAGGCCUGAAUCCUCUCAUCAUGGGACACACAGAAGAGAUUUGGGCCCUUGCUGUUCAUCCAUCUCAAUUCCAAUUCUUGACUGGUGGCUAUGAUAAGGUCCUUCGCAUGUGGGACUCUAUGGCAAGGGCUCCUGUCUGGUCCAAGGACAUGGAGGAUGCAGUGCAAAGUGCAUGCUUCUCACCUGAUGGCAGUGUCCUCGUAGUGGGUCUUGUCACUGGUCGUUGGAUUGCCAUGAUUGCUGAGACGAGAGAACAUCUCUCUGCUCAUACAGAUGGAAGUGAACCCAUUCAGGUUGUCAGAUUCUCUCCUUCAGGAAACAUCCUUGCUCUUGGUUCUCGAGACAACAACAUCUACAUUUAUGAGGUCUCUGAAGAUUUCACCAAAUUUGAUCGUGUUGGACGCUGCUCGGGACAUUCUAGUUUCAUCACACAUUUGGACUGGUCAGCUGAUGGAGCUCAUUUGCAGUCUACUUCUGGAGACUAUGAAAUACUCUUCUGGAAUGCCACAACCUGCAGGCAGAUUACACAACCAUCAACACUGCGAGAUGAAGAAUGGUCCACACAGACCUGCACCCUAGGUUUCUCUGUCCUUGGCAUUUGGCAGGAGGGUUUGGAUGGAACAGACAUAAACGCAUGUGACAGGUCUCAUGGCAAGAAUCUCCUUGCUGUUGGAGAUGACUUUGGCAAAGUCAGACUCUACUCCUACCCUUCCCAUUUUCUUAAGAGCAUGUCCCAUGUGUUUGGAGGACACAGCAGUCAUGUGACAGAUGUUCACUUCCUGGCUGAAGAUAGCAGGCUCAUCUCGAUUGGAGGCAGAGAUGCCAGUGUCAUGCAAUGGACCAUUGAACAAGAGUGAUGAAGAUCAAGAACACAUUCUUCAUGCUUUGUCUUCACAAGUUAGAUUUCUAUGAUUUUGGAAUGAGUUCUGUCAUACAUGAGUGCCUGCAUACCCUUGAGAAGUACUGUGCACAUUUGCUGGCCCCUUUCAUGGAACCCAGUAGUGAAGUUGUGCAGAAAAGUCAAUCCAAAAUCACAGGAAAUCCAGACACUGAUAAUCCCCCACUCCUGAGUUCUUCCUUGGAUUAUAUAUUUUCUCCAAAUAAAACUUUUUUAUUAUUGCCCUGAUA